AUGUCUCCUUUCCAGUUACUGUUCGGGAAAGCUUGUCACUUACCAGUAGAAUUGGAACACAAAGCACUAUGGGCAAUCAAGUACCUGAACUUUGACUCCAAGACAGCAGUUGAAAAAAGAUUGCUUCAACUGGAUGAGCUUAACGAGUUCAGACUAUCUGCGUACGAGAGUGCGAGCCUGUACAAAGAGAAGACGAAGAAGUGGCACGACAAGAAGAUCCUACCCAGAGACUUCAAGGUAGGGAAUCAGGUAUUACUCUUUAACUCUCGUCUUCGUCUCUUUCCUGGGAAACUAAAGUCUCGAUGGUCGGGACCGUUCAUCGUAAGGAACAUGAAAUCAUAUGGAGCAGUGGAGAUCAGUCCGCUAGAUUCCGAUAAGAGCUUCAGAGUGAAUGGUCAACGGCUGAAACUAUGCAUGGGAGGAGAAAUAGACAGGGGAACAACCACCGUUGCCUUUGUAGAGAAAAGAAAACAAAAGAGAUAUGAGACCAAGGUCGUGGCUAGGUUCAGAAAGCAGACUCAAGAGGCUAAGGUAUAUCUACCAGAGGCAAAAAUCCUAAGAGGACCAAGGUGA